UCGUUACGUCAUCUUGCUGUUACCGUGGACACAGUGCAAGCGUAACUCUUCAUGUUUAAACAGUUGAGCAGGAAUAACGUUAACGUUUGAAGCGAGCAGAUUCUCCUAUAAAAUCGAUGAAUUUAUGAUUAGGCGGAUAACUGGUGGUGGUUCAGCUGUGGACCGGGAGGAGGACAGUCACAGGAUGGCAGCUGCACUGGAAUCAGGUGGUGAGGAGAGAACCAGAAAUGAAGAGAUCCAGCAGAGGAAGGAGGAGGAGGAGGAGGCCAGAACAGAGCUGACACAGCUGCAACACCUCCCUGAUUCCUACAAGACAAACUCUCACAGCGAGAUUCAGCUGCUGGCAAUCGCUGACAACUUCCAGCGUCAGUACUCACACUUAUUUCCUGACCGCAAACCGCUGCUGCUCUGCCCCGUCAACGAAUGUGGCAUGAAGAAAUUUGUGUCGACGACACUCAAGCCCACAACUAUGGUUCACCAUGAGCUUGUGACCUGGCAGGGCUGUGCCUCCUUUGUGGCCAGCUUCCUGAACCUGGAGCUUUUGGAGCCGCCUGUGGAUCCGCCCCGGCACAUGUUCUCCUCCACCACGGUGCUAAAGAGACAGAGGGCUACCUGUUUUGAAUUCUCCACUCUGCUGUGCAGCCUGCUGCUGGGCGGCAAUUACGACGCCUACUGUGUCAGCGGCUAUGCUGUCAAGGAGAUGUGUCUGCUGGAUCAGAGCCUGCAGAAGUGCCCCCUGCUGGACACUGAGGCAAAGAGUGUGAUCUCUGAGCAGCAGCAACCUGAGAAGAAGUACGCAGUGAAGCCCCUGAGGGACCUGGAGAGUCGCUUUUUGACCCAGCAAGAGAAAAAGAAGCAGGAGGCUGAAGCUCCGUUACUUCAGAGACAGAAACUAGAGGAGGAGAGCGAGCAGCGGCCUGCCGACCCUCUGCGAGGACUGCGGGUGCACUGCUGGGUGCUGGUGCUGGCGGGGAGUCGGAGAGUCCAGGAGAACUUCUUUAUUGACCCUCUGACUGGGAACAGCUACCCUACUGACAGUGACAACUUCCUGGGCAUUGAGAGCGUGUGGAACAACCUCAACUACUAUGUUAACAUGCAGGACUGCAGUAACGGCUGUGCGGAGAUGGUGUUUGACCUGGAGGAUUUAAAGAUCUGGGAGCCAGUGUUGUAUGGUGCAACCAGCAAAAAGCAGGAGGAGGAACAGUCCAGAGUUUUUGAGAUGCCGAGAUCCUGGGUUAGUUACAUCAAUAUCACAGAACAAGAUCUGGAGACCCGCUGCCCUGGAGGGACGAAGGUGAUCCGCUACAGGAAAGCAAAGCUGGAGAGGUUUGCACCAGGUCUGAGUCCCGAUGGCCUCAUCACACAACUGACCACAUACAAAGACCUGGACUGCACCAAGGUCGCCAUGGUGAAGGAGUGGUACCAAGACAGAAACGACUGCCUGGAGGAGAGAGAGAUCAACAAGGACGACAACUCAACGACAGAACGCUUCAAACAUAAAACAACAUUCCACCUUUUACUCCUCAGGUGCAGAUCCCUGACCACCGGCACCGAGCAAGAGAUGGAGUUCAGCAACACUCGCUCUGAUGAACUGGUGCGGAGGAGGCUGACACCACAUGAAAUGAUUGAGAUGUUUGAGGGCCGGAAUGACUUCCUUUAUUACCGACACGUCUUCUUCAGUCAGCCUGUUCAGCUUUCAGAAUUUCAAGAUGACCAACCUCUUCCUAUAAAUAGGAUUGUGGAGCAUUUCCACAGGAACAAAUCCAAACCAGCCAACAACGAUGUGGCCCGCCGAAUCUUCCUAGUGGCACAGAGACAGAUUGAGGUGACCUACCACUUAAUAGAUUACAGGUUUAUCCCUUCAAGGAGGACCUUCAACGUACCGACAACGCAGAACUUCUCAGCUGAUUUGGUCUGCACCUUCCAGGUAGAUUUAUCUGAGAAGCCCCUGGGGACUCUGGCUCUGUAUGACAUGCUGGUGGCCCUGAAGGAGCACGAGGCGGAUGUGACUAGACAAAUCAGAAAGUCAGUGGAAGAGGUGAAAUACAUUCUGACCUGCAGAGAGCAGGAUGAGAAAAAUAUCGAACUUCAGACAGUAACUGCUCAGGCCAUCAGGGAGAGACAAAAAAUGGAGCAUCUGGCUGCAGAGCAUGAGAGGUGGCUGCAAGAGCAGAAGAAGGACGUCCUGGCUCCCUUCCUGAUCCAACUUGACAAAAGGGAUGAUCUGAGUCCUGAGGAUGCCACAAAGAUCUACCAGGACUGUCUUGCUGAGAUGAGAAACAGACUAGUGACGCAGGCCAACCUCAUUCAGAAACGCUAUGAAAAGGUAACACAGAGGCUGCAGGUGAAACAGCAGUGGUACCAGGAGAACCAGCUUAAACUGACCAAACAAGAGAAGGACAAUUACCAGACCUACUGCAAUGAGAAAACAAUCCAAAUAUCUGCCAUCCAGAAACGGCUCAGCAAAUGCAAGGAAGCAGCUGAUGACAAAUACAGGGCUUUCGAUCAGAACCUACAGCGGGACCCUCGACUCGCUCCUCACCUGCGCGGCCAUCGCUUUGUUAAUGAGAGUACACCACACAACAUCUAAACAAUCAAAUGUCUAAUGAAUAUUUUAAAAAAGGCCAUAAAUGCAAAACAAGAUAAAACAUACUAAAUGGACAAAAAACACCAGCAGCAAACAAUCAUCUCAUCUACAACUAUUUGGUGCUCCUCAAUCAGUCUCAUUGUAGUUUAUGAUGUGUUUACCAACAGUGAAUAAAUAAAAUGUUUCUCUAUUCAUAAACUGGA